ACCAUCAACUGGGGCAUAUAUAGCAAUAUUAAUCGAAACUAAGAAAAAAUGGAGUGGUUUUCCAUUAAUCCUUGUAGGGUGUUGGUGGUUUCAGUGGUAUUGUUAUCAUGUAACAUGCUCUUGAUCUCAUCACCUCCUGCUGCUGCUGCUGCUACAAUUGACGCACAGGUGGAGGCUGAGGCCGAGGCUCUCCGCAACUCCACUUGGUGGUGGUACAUGGAAAACACUACUUCUCAUCAUUGCACAUGGGACGGCAUCACCUGCAACAGGGAGGGACAUGUUAUUCAGAUUACCUAUUCACCUCCACGGUGUAUGCUUAGCCAGUUGAAGUUUUCUUCAUUUCCCAGCCUCCUCCAUCUCAACCUUAGUCAUUCUUUCAUCUAUGGUCGCAUCCCAGAUGAGAUAGGUACGCUUACAAAACUCACUUACCUCCGUAUCUCUGAUUGUCGACUUGAUGGUGAGCUACCUGUUUCACUGGGUAACCUCACUCUAUUAGAGGAAUUGGAUUUGAGUUAUAACUAUGACCUCUCUGGUGCCAUCCCUUCCUCUCUUGGAUAUUUGAAGAAUCUUAUUCAUUUGGAUUUGAGUUAUAACUAUGACCUCUCUGGUGCCAUCCCUUCCUCUCUUGGAUAUUUGAAGAAUCUUAUUCAUUUGGAUUUGAGUUAUAACUAUGACCUCUCUGGUGCCAUCCCUUCCUCUCUUGGAUAUUUGAAGAAUCUUAUUCAUUUGGAUUUGAGAUAUAACUAUUUCCUCUAUGGUGUCAUCCCUUCCUCUUUUGGAAAUUUGAAGAAUCUGAUUCAUUUGGAUUUGGGUUAUAACUCUCUUUCCAGUGUCAUUCCUUCCUCUCUUGGAAGUUUAACCAACCUGGAAUACUUGUACCUUAAUUUCAAUCGAAUCAACGGUUCCAUCCCUUCUGAAAUUGGGAAUUUAAAGAAUCUGAUUCAUUUGGAUUUGGGUUCUAACUCUCUUUCCAGUGUCAUUCCUUCCUCUCUUGGAAGUUUAACCAACCUGGAAUACUUGUACCUUAAUUUCAAUCGAAUCAACGGUUCCAUCCCUUCUGAAAUUGGGAAUUUAAAGAAUCUGAUUCAUUUGGAUUUGGGUUCUAACUCUCUUUCCAGUGUCAUUCCUUCCUCUCUUGGAAGUUUAACCAACCUGGAAUACUUGUACCUUAAUUUCAAUCGAAUCAACGGUUCCAUCCCUUUUGAAAUUGGGAAUUUAAAAAAUUUAGUUCAAUUGUCCUUGAGUCAUAAUGCCCUUGUUGGUGCUAUUCCUUCAUCUUUGGGUCAUCUUACAAAUCUGACUUAUUUCCAUCUCAUCAAAAAUCAAAUCCAAGGUCCUAUUCCCUUGACAUUUGGUCAUCUUACCAAGUUGUCUCAUUUGUAUCUUUGUUACAAUCAAAUCAACGGUUCCAUCUCUCCUGGAAUUUGGAAUCUGAAGAAUCUAAUCCAUCUCAGAUUGGAUCAUAACAAUUUUACCGGAGUUAUUCCUUCAUCUUUGGGUUAUCUCAUUCAUUUAAAUGAGCUCAGCAUUAGUAGAAAUCGAAUCAGUGGUCGCAUCCCUUCUAAGAUAGGAAAUUUGAAUAAUCUGACUAGCCUCGACCUUAGUGAUAACUUGAUCCAUGGAAAGAUACCUUCCCAACUCCAGAACUUGAAGAUCUUAGUAAACUUGAAUCUUUCCCACAAUAAACUUUCAGGUUGCAUUCCUCCUCUUGCUAUAUAUGACCACAUAAGGUCAUCACUUGAUUUAUCACACAACGAUUUAGAGGGUCAUAUACCCUUUGGAUUACAGUCCAAAUUCUCUAGGGGCGCAUUUGACAACAACAAAGGUUUAUGUGGCGAAAUCAAAGGUUGGCCGCAUUGCAAAAGAGGACAUAAAAUUGUACUUAUCAUUGUUAUUGCCAUAUCUACUGUUUUGUUUCUUUCUUUUGCGGUGUUUGGGUUUCUCUUGCUUUUGCGGAAGACGAAACAAGGUCAAACCAAGACAACAUCGACAAAAAAUGGAGAUAUAUUUUCAAUAUGGAAUUAUGAUGGUAAAAUUGCUUAUGAAGACAUCAUUGAAGCAACAGAGGAUUUCGAUAUCAAAUACUGCAUAGGCAUCGGAGGCUAUGGCAGUGUUUACAAGGCUCAAUUGCCUACAGGCAAUGUGGUAGCCCUGAAAAAGCUUCAUGGAUGGGAGACAGAUGAGGCAACAUACUUGAAAAGCUUUCAAAAUGAGGUGCAAAUAUUGUCAAAAAUACUACAUCGGAAUAUUGUCAAACUUCACGGCUAUUGUCUACAUAAAAGAUGUAUGUUUUUGAUUUACAAGUACAUGGAAAGAGGAAGCUUAUUCUGUGUAUUGAACAAUGAAGUUGAAGCUUUGGAACUGGAUUGGAUUAAAAGGGUGAAUGUGGUUAAAAGCAUAGUCCAUGCCUUAUGCUACAUGCAUUAUGACUGUACUCCGCCCAUUGUUCAUAGGGACAUAUCAAGUAGCAAUAUUCUUUUGGACUAUAAAUUGGAUGCUUUUUUAUCAGAUUUUGGUACUGCUAGACUACUGCACCCUGAUUCAUCCAAUCAAACCCUUCUUGCAGGCACUUAUGGUUACAUAGCACCAGGUAAGUAUACCCCAUUUUUUUCCUAAUCUUUUCCAAAUUUUAC